AAGUAUGGCCGAGCCGCCCGGCGCCCCGCACCGCACCACCGGUUCCACCUUACUGCACCCGCUGAGCGGGCUGCUGGGCAUCCCGCUGGACCAGAUCAAUUUUGUAGCCUGCCAACUAUUUGCACUUUUGGCUGCGUUUUGGUUUCGUAUUUACUUGGGUCCCAGUCAUGCCAGCUCUGCUGUUCGCCAUGCAUUUGCCACUCUCUUUGGAAUAUACUUCGCUGUCUUCUGCUUUGGGUGGUAUUCCAUUCAUCUUUUUGUCCUGGUGAUGAUGAACUAUGGCAUUAUGAAUAUGGCAAGUAUUCCCAACAUCCACAGGUACUCCUUUGUCGUAGCUAUGGGAUACCUCACGUUGUGCCACAUAAGCCGAAUAUACAUAUUUCAUUAUGGUAUUCUCACUACAGAUUUUUCCGGAGGAUUAAGCUGUCCGCUGAUGAUCAUUACACAGAAGAUCACGACACUUGCAUGCCAGUUACAUGAUGGAAUAGGGCGACAAGCUGAGGAACUCACUGCUGAGCAAAAUCGGCUUGCUGUAAAGACAAGACCUUCGUUACUGGAGUAUUUAAGCUAUCUCCUCAAUUUUAUGAGCAUCAUAGCUGGGCCUUGCAGCAAUUACAAGGAUUAUAUAGCCUUCAUUGAAGGGAGGCAUGUGCACAUGAAACUAUUAGAAGUGAACUGGAAGCAGAAGGGUUAUGACAGACUUCCUGAUCCUUCUCCAACUGGAGCAGUGAUGUACAAGCUGUGUAUCACACUAGUAUCUCUCAUUUUAUUCUUGACACUUACCAAGAACUUUCCUAUGACAUAUAUUAUUGAUAAUGAAUUUCUUGAUAAAACACCCUUCUUGUCAAGACUUGGUUACCUGUAUGUUGUAACACAGGCAGCAAAACCAAAGUAUUACUUUGCAUGGACAUUAGCAGAUGCAGUCAACAAUGCAGCUGGCUAUGGAUUCAGUGGAGUUGAUGAGACGGGCGCUUUCCGCUGGGACCUGUUGUCCAAUUUAAAUAUCUGGAAUAUUGAGACUGCAACAAGUUUUAAAAUGUACAUUGAAAACUGGAACAUUCAGACAGCUGCCUGGCUAAAACGUGUCUGCUAUGACAGAGCUCCCUGGUACCCUACGGCUUUAACGUUUGUCCUGUCGGCCCUGUGGCAUGGUAUCUAUCCUGGAUACUAUUUUACGUUUCUCACUGGAAUCCUUAUCACACUCGCAGCCAGAGCAAUAAGAAACAAUUGCAGACACUACUUCCUCUCGUCAGUGCCUCUCAAGAUAGCCUACGACCUUGUUACCUGGGUUGCCACUCAACUGGCCGUGUGCUAUACUGUUGCACCAUUUGUUAUGCUGGCUGUUGAGCCCACGAUUAAGUUUUACAAGUCUGUGUAUUUUCACAUGCACAUUCUAAGCAUCCUGGCGUUGCUCGUGUUACGGAUCAGACCUCAAGCGCACUCCAUUAGAAAGCCUCAGAAUCAGGCCAUGCAGAACUCUGUUAAAAGCAAAGACAAAUGAUGCCUCCAAAGAAGAUUGCCGACAUUGGGAAAUUGAACUGUCAUAUUGGAAAUGAACAAAGAAGAAGAAAAACUGGUGGGAUGAGGGUUGAAGUAGAAGUGGCAUUUCUAGUGGUUAUCUUAAAAUCUUACUGGACAGGGAAGAAAAGAGCCUGAGUGACUGUAUUUCAAAUUAUUCCAGUUGAGAGAGAUUUUACAGGAAACGUUUACAGGCUCAUGGGGCAUUUUGUUUUUUUUAAUAAGUAUUUUUAUGAAGUGUUUUUAUAUAUUUAAACUUUUUCACACAGAGAAGCAUUUUUGCUCUUUUACAGAAAUAUACAAUUAUUAAUCAAUAAUCUUGUGACUAGUGUGAGAAGAAGCAUCUAGUAAAGAGUUAGACCAGCUGCCCGAAUAGCCUGGUGCUGUUGGCGACUGGCAGGAGAAGCUUUUCAUCUCUUGGCAAUAGAGAGAGAUGAUUCAAGUAGAAAACUCUGGCCAUGGGGUUGCUGGACGGUGCUGGCGCUGACUUCUGCCCUGGCAGGGAGAAGGGGGAGCAGGGCUUUCACCGGCAAUCCUUGGAGCAAGGACUGUGGCCUGAGCUCAGCAGCAAGGGUAUUUCACAUCCUUCCACGUGACGCCUGCUGGUAAUGAGGGCAAGACAAGUCCCUUGGGAGUAGGUGUCUGGGAGCACUGACAACUGGCCAAGCCAAAAUCUAAAGCCAAGUAAAAGCAAAACAAAAGACGGGGAGAAGCAGGGGGAAAACCCAGCCCAGAAUAAGAGAAGGGACACGCACCCCAUGAUCUGUGGAGUUGUGCUGCUCUAAUGGCGCAGCUGGUGCUCACUGCUACAUCAGCCCUACUGUGUGGUUUUAGUGUGAUGCAGCACUUCCAUUUUGGUAUCGAAGUAACUGAGGAGCCAGGCAGGUUUAGCGUUUUAAAGCUCGCAGUUAUGGGUUAAAGCUGAAAAAGCUUUGUAAUGGAUCAGACUGUUCUAGUCAAAAAAUCCCGCCUUAUGGAAGGGUUGCUUUCCAGCAGGAUAACACUAAUAUGAAACCUGAACAGAAAUCAGUCAUAGUAAAACAUUCUCUACAAAAUAUUGCUGAUGUGAUAUGAUCAUCACAAGAGUCAAGACAGAGCCCUUGUAUGAUCUUGACAUGUGGCUUAGCCUGUUGAUGCCAGUUUUCCUGCUUGUAAAGUCCUGGGCUUACAGGGAUGUUUUGAGGCUUAAUUUCUAAGAGCUUGUUGUUCAUUGAGAUAACCUGCUGCUAAAUGCUGUGUCAGAUUUUUUUUUUUUUUUUUUUAUUAAAUCCACUUAGCCCAGUAAAACAGGCUGGUACGACACAUCAAAACCAACUAAAGCAUUUUUUUAAAUGGCUGUUUUCCAGAAAUGGUUUUAUCAGGAUUUGUAGAAGCAAGUCCCUUAUUAAAGUAUUGGUAUUGCUUUAGGAUCAUUUAACUGAUGUGUGAUUGAGCAAAGAAUCUGCUGUUUACUGUAUUGUGAUUUUUGUAUCAGAUUAAAAUUUUGCAGAAUCCUAACAUCGUGGAAAGAAACAAAUCGGUGAAAGCAAAACAAGUUCCAAAAAAGUAAUUUUUUUUUUUUUCUCCCUUUCCUCUGAUGGGAAGUUUUUGUCCUGUGACCACCUCAUGAUUUAGAGCAUAGUUCAUGGAAGAGUUUAUUUGGUAAUUUAUUUUGAGGGUGAGAUGGGAUUAAAAGGUUGAUCUGAAUAAACCAAUUGCUUUGUGUCA